UGCCACCUGUCAGUGCCCAUCAAUGCCAGCUGUCAGUGUCAGUGCCCCCAUCAGUGCCUCAUCAAUGCCACAUAUCAGUGCCUACUGUGGCACUGCCUUUCAGUGUCACCUAUCAAUGCCAGUCAGUGCCACCUAUCAGUGCUGCCAAUCAUUGCCACCUAUCAGUGCCAGUCAGUGCCAGUUAUCAGUGCCAGUCAGUGCUGCCUAUCAGUGCCUGUCAGUGCUGUGCCUAUCAGUGCCGCCUAACAGUGCCAGUCAUCAGUGCCACCUAUCAGUGCCAUAUAUGAGUGCUGCCUUUCAGUGCCCAUCACUGAUGCCU